AUGUUUUCGUGCAAAAGAACUGGUAGUUUUAUAAAAAUCUAUUAUAAAACUACAUAUAAGAAAUGUUGUGUACAAUUUACUUCUGCAAGUCAAAUACAAUGGAAACCUACAAUAGGUUUGGAAGUACAUGCACAAAUAUCAACAAAAUCAAAAUUAUUUUCCAAGGCUUCUACAGAUUUUAAUUGCCCAAUUAAUUCUUGUGUAUCACUUUUCGAUUGUGCAAUACCAGGAACAAUGCCAGUUUUAAAUAAAAAAUGUGUAGAGGCUGGAGUGUUAACUGCUUUGGCUCUUUCCUGUGAAAUAAAUGCUGUUUCAAUGUUUGAGAGAAAGCAUUAUUUUUAUUCUGAUUUACCUGCAGGAUUUCAAAUAACACAACAAAGAAAGCCUUUAGCUGUUAAUGGAGAAAUUAAAUUUAUUAUAUUUAAACCUGACAUUCACAAAGAACCUUAUUUUAAGUUAUCAAAAAUUAAACAAAUACAGCUGGAACAAGAUAGUGGAAGAAGUCUUCAUAAUGAAGAUAUUGGAAGAAGUUACAUUGAUCUUAAUCGAGCUGGAAUACCUUUAAUGGAAUUAGUUUUUGAGCCAGACUUAACAAAUGGAGAAGAGGCAGCAGCUCUUGUAAAAGAACUGUGCUUUAUUUUACAAUUGCUAGGCACAUGUUCAUGUAAAAUGGAAGAAGGUGCAUUAAGGGUUGAUGCAAAUGUUUCUAUAAGUAAACCUAAUGCACCUUUAGGUGUUCGUACUGAAUUAAAAAAUAUUGGAAGCAUAAGUGCUGUUAACCAUGCUAUAGAAUACGAAAUAAAGAGACAAAUUUCAAUUAUAGAAACAGGAGGUCAAAUCACUAAUGAGACUCGUGCAUGGAAUCCAAUAGACAAAAAAACAAUUCUUCUGCGUGAAAAAGAAGGAAAACACGAUUAUCGUUUUAUGCCUGAACCAAAUUUGCCCCCCUUAUAUUUGCAUACAAAUAAAAAUAUGGAAAAUAAGUAUAAUCUAAUUAAUGUUCCAUUCUUAAAAGAGCAUCUACCAGAAUUGCCACAACAAAUAUAUCAACAAUUAAAAGAUAAACUUGCAUCUCAUACAUUUAUAGCAAUAAUGAGUAAUUUGGAAUUAUAUUUAUUAUUUCGUAAUAUUUUAAAUAAUGGGAAACAUCGCAAGCCUCAAUUGAUAGCUCAAAUGUUAAUUUCCGAAAUUUUACCAUUUUUAGAUGAUCAUGAUUUAAACCUCACAUUUUGUGUAAGUAAUCAGAAAUAUAUUGAAGAGUUGAUAGACUUAAUGCAAAAUGAAAUAAUAAAUCAAUUAACACUGAGAAAAUUAUUAAAUAAAUUACCGAGUGAGCAAAAUAAAAUGCCAAAACAGAUUGUUGAAGAAAAUAAUUGGUUUCUAAUAUCAGAUGAAAAGGAAUUGGAGAUGAUAUGUUUGAGAGUACUCGAAGCAAAUCCACAGUUGGUAAGAAAAUAUAAGAAGAAGGAAAAAAAUACGAGGAUAUUUAAGAAAAUUCUACACGAGGUAGUUAUAUUUACUGAAGGACAUGCAAAUAUGGCUAAAAUUUCAAAAAUUAUGACAAAAUUAUUGAGUUAA